UUCUCAAAAGGCUAUAGCGGCAGCUAUAUAUAAUAGGCUAAAUAGAGCUAUAGCAGCUAAAUUGUACAUGAGAAUAAAUAACUAGAGUCUUUCUCAAAUAGCUAUAGAGGAAGAUUUAAAACCCUGCCCAUGACCCAUCCCUGCCCCUGGGGUUCCAAAUUUCCAAUUCUCCAUCGUUCGAAUCAAAAAGAAAAAAAAAAAGUUAUCCACCGUUUCUUACUUUCUCAGGUUCCUAUACCUAUUCACUGAAACGGGAGCUGAUUAUGGAUCUGGUCGUCGGCGCCUCGAGCGGCGCCGUGAAGUCCCUCGUCAACAAGCUGGGCAGCCUCCUCGCGCAGGAGUACACCCUCAUCUCCGGCGUCCACGACGACAUCCAGUACAUCAACGACGAGCUCGCCAGCAUGCAGGCCUUCCUCAAUAGGCUCAAGCGGGACAUCAACCACGACGAGCAGCGGCAGGACUGGAUGAAGCAGGUGCGCGAGGUCGCCUACGACAUCGAGGACUGUGUCGACGACGUCAGCCACCGCCUCGGCCGCGAGCCCCGUGGGGCCGGCAAGCUAGUCACCCUCCGGAGGGCUUGGUACCUGCUCACCACGCUGUACCAGCGCCGCUGCAUCGCCGCCGACAUCGGCAACCUCAAGGUCAGGGCGCAGCAUGUCAGCGAGCGGCGCACGAGGUACGGGGUGGAGAACCUCCUAGCAAACGCAAAUGGUGGAGGCAACAACAACUCCGGCGAUCCCAGAGACCAUCCAGUUUCUCUCCCCCGGCUGAUUGGCACCGUUGAACCUGUAGGCAUGGAGGACGCCAUGAACGACCUUCAAAGAUGGUUCAUGGUCUCGAAGCACAACAGCCAGCAGCAGAGCCAAAUCAGUUACCUUGCCAUUGUCGGAUCCGGUGGGCUUGGCAAAACCACACUCGCAAUGUCAUUUUACCGCAAGUUUGGAGAUGAGUUUAAUUCCAGAGCGUUCAUGCUCGCGUCGCAGAAGUUUCGUCUCCCAACAGUUCUAAGAAGCCUUGUUAGCCAGUUCCAUGAGAAGCAGGUCGGCGCUUCUCAGGAUGCUCUCCAAGGAAUUGAGGAAUGGGGAGUUGAAGAGCUCAAGAAGAAGCUAGCUGAUCAACUAGAAGGCAAGAGGUACCAUAUCUUGAUUGAUGACAUAUGGUCUGUAUCAGCAUGGGAAAGUAUUAGGGAUUCAUUACCUAAGAAUGAUAAGGGUAGUUGCGUAAUUGUGACUACCAGGUUUAACUCUGUAGCUGAAGCCUGCCGCCGUCAAAAUGGUCAUGUGCACAAGCUCAAACAGCUAGAUCCAGAGAACUCCAACAAAUUGUUUCUUCAAAUAAUAUCUGCUAACGGUCUGUGUCCCACUCGAACCAUUAAUGAUGAGAUUGUCGUGAAGAUGUGUGGUUGUCUGCCUUUGGCCAUAGUAGUAGUAUCAGGGCUCAUUGCUAGUGAACUGAAAUCAAAGAUUGGAAAGACGUUGGAUCAGAAAUUGAUUGAAGUGGAGAAGGCUUUAAGUGCAGAGUUGGGAAACAAUCUCACCACUGAAGUAGUGCGGAUAAUUAACCACUGCUACAAAAAUCUGCCACCUGACCUUAAGACAUGUUUGCUCUACUUGAGUACGUUUCCGAAGGGCCGCAAUAUUAGCAGGAAAUGUUUGAUAAGAAGAUGGAUUGCUGAAGGGUUCGUUACUGACAAACAUGGGCAGACGGCAGAAGAAGUUGCAGAAGACAACUUCAAUGAACUCAUUGGCAGGAACUUGAUUCGGCCUAUCAACAACAGCAGCAAUGGGAAGGUGAAGAGCUGUCAAAUUCAUGACAUGGUCCUUGAGUACAUUGUCUCCAAAUCUGGUGAGGAGAAUUUCAUCACUGUUAUUGGUAGCCACUGGCAGACACCAUUUCCAAGCUACAAGGUUCGACGGUUGUCUGUCCAUAAAAGUGAUCGGCAAGAAACUGAGUUAGUAGAGAGGAUGAAGUUGUCGCAUGUACGAUCCUUGACUGUGUUGGAGAGUUUCAAAGCUCUUCAUUCUAAUAUGCUCAAAUUCCAGAUACUGCAGGUGUUGGAUCUUGAAGGAUGCAAGGACUUGUCAUCAAACCAGCUCAAAAAAAUAUGUAAUAUGCAUCAGAUGAAGUACCUAAGCUUGCGUGGGACGGACAUCCACAAGAUACCGAAGAAAAUAGGCAAGCUGGAGUAUUUGGAGGUACUUGACAUAAGGGAUACGAAUGUGACAAACUUGCCUCCAUCAGUGGAGAGGCUUCAACGAAUGGCCCAUCUAUUGGCUGGCAAUAAAACCAAGCGGAGAGCAUUGAGAUUAACUGAAGGAAUCACAAAGAUGACAACUAUACAGACACUGUCUGGGAUUGAGAUCUCUGGAAGUUUAGCCACGUUUGCGGGGAUCAUCAGAAAUGCUGUAAGGUAUGCCGAAGAUGGAGAUAUCACGGGCUUGCAAGGUACCAGUAAGGAAGGCAGCAAGGUGGAUAUGCCAAAACAAUUGCGUCCGCUAGCAGCCUUGGAGAAGCUCACCAACCUUAACAAACUUGCCAUUUACAGGAUUGUUAAGUUCAGUGUGAAAGAUGAUGAAUUGCUGCUCUCUGCUAUUGAACAUUUGAGCAGUUGUUCUCUCAAGUUUCUUGUAGUUGAUGACAAUUUCACGGGCUUCCUUUACAGGUCACUGAGUUCUUCACAAGCACCACCAGAACACCUUUACACCCUUGAGCUUUCUGGCAGCUUGUUUAAAGUGCCAGAAUGGAUUGACCGCUUGCAUAACCUUGAGAAGCUUACUCUGUCCUUGACUUCACUUACGACACAUACUUUGGUGACUCUUAGUAGGCUUCCUGAGCUUUUCUCUCUCAUUUUUUCACUUGAUGCAGCAAAGGAUAUUUCAAAUAUCCUCAAAACUGUGCAUAAGAAUACAUUGGAGUCAGGAGGUAAAAUCUUUGUGCCGGAUGGGGGGUUUACAAAGCUGAGGUUGCUGCGUUUUACGGCACCAGUGCUACCACCUCUGAGCUUCCUAGAAGGGGCAAUGCCAGAGCUUCAGAGGCUUGAGCUGAGGUUCAGAAUCAUUGAGUGUGUAUACGGCCUAGAAAACCUUUCAAGUCUCCAACAGGUAUUUCUGACCUUUAGCAGCCAGGCACCUGAAGAUGCGAAAGAGAAGAUCUCCCAGAUCAAAGGACUGGCAAGCAAGAUUCGAAAGGCUGAUUCCUCCAACAUUAGUGUGGUGAUAGAUGAGUACAACGAAUUAUAUAACGAACAAUAGAUUACCUAGUCAUAGGCAUUGGGUAGAGAGGCCAAGGCCCACGAGGCCACGAGCCCAAGUCCUAGCGGAUGAACAGUACCUCGAGUACUGUAGCAGUUGGUUAGGAGAUAGGACAAGAUUAGAUAGAGUUAGUUUGAGUCAGUUUCUUAAGGGUCAAGUCAUAUCAUCUCUAUAUAAGGGAUGGUUUGUAUUCAUCUCAAGUUAAGCAAUGAAUAUCAAUUAGUCUUUUUUCUCCCGAUAAUGCUCUUCUCCCUAGCCUAAAUCUACAUCUCUUCUCUAGGAGCCAACGUCACCCGGCUAUCCUCCCGGUGGUGUUUAUCCCGUCAAGGCCUCGGGUCGUGACAACUUGGUAUCAGAGCCACUCACCAUGGCUUCUGAUGUCGAGAGAGUUCUCCAUGUCACGGUGAGCAAUCUGCUCUACCCAGUGACAAAGGAUCUACUCCAUCAAGUGUUCUGUUGUUAACGACUAAAUUUGGUAAUUCAAGUAUCGGAGAUGAAGAUAAAAUCGAAGCGGAAUCUAAGAGAUCGAUUGUUUCGGAAACAGAGCAAGAGUCGGCUGAAGUUCGAAUCGGCUGCGACCUAGAUCGGUAGAGUUCGAGUCGGCCAAGGUUGUCGAUUGAGCCGAUUCCGACAAUAUGACUGGGUAUACGUCAUCGGAUCGGGUUAAUGUGCUUCAUAUGGAUUGCCACGCAUGGAUUGAGUCCUGGGAAGACAAUUGUAUCUAUUAAUUAGAAUAUUUUUUGUAAUUUCCUUAUACUUUGAGUCGGUAAAAGUCCGCCUUAGGGACUUGUUUGUAUCCUAAGUUGUAAUAGAGUUAGGAGUCGUGUCCGACAAGGACAUAUUGUGUACUUUAGGUAUUAAAGUAGCCCAAACCCAUGUAAUCAAUUAACG